AUGCAUUAUAUAAAAUGGACGGUUCUCAUUGUGCAAAUACUCGUUAUACCAAACUUUGCAUUCUAUCAUAUAAAAUCAAUGAAAACAAUAGUUCCAGCAAUGAAUCUAGUAUUACCUAAUGAUUCUUACUUUGGAUAUAGUAUCACUUACCAACCGUAUAUACGAAGUUUGGUGAUAAGUGCUCCUAUGGCGAACUUUACAGGACACAUAUAUAUUUAUGAUAUAGACAAAGACCAUAUAAUAAAAGAUAACAUCAACAUAAUUACAGAUGACAACAAUACGCGCCCGUGGCUUGGGGCAACAGUUAAAACGGGAAAAUCUUUUUAUACGACUUGCGCUCCACGACCAGUUCUUACGAUGGAUAGCGUUCUUGGUACUUUUGGAAUAUGUUUCACAAAGAUUUUCCGGGAAGGGAGUAAAACGGUAGCCAUGCCUCAGAUAUCGAAGAAGGAUAGAUUAAAGGGUACAGUUCCAUAUGGACAUAGAAUGGAUACAUUUGGAUGGAGUAUUGAAAUCACGGCACACGACCGCAUAUUGAUCGGUAGUCCAGGAAUAGUAAAAGGUCGGGUAAUUCAGUACGAAAAUAUUACUAAAACACCACAACUAAUAUCGCCUCAAAAUGGUAACAAGGAAUUCUUCAACUUUGGUUACGGUAUAGCCAGCGGUAAUUUCUUCUCUAACGACAUAACUUAUGCUAUCAGCACUCCAUAUGGUAACAAUGGAGUUGGUCAGCUGUUGUUCUAUAGUGAAAAUGGAGUAUAUAUCAAGACGAUAAUGGACUCGGACUCAAGAUUGGGAACUCUCUUUGGUGCAGUUCUAUGCACCGUGAAACUAACUGGCAAACGCGACUCUUUAUUAGUUGGUGCUCCGACUUAUGUACCUGAAGACACCGACGAUGCUGAUAUCGGGGCUGUGCAUAUUUACAUGCCGAACGAUAAGUCACUGACAUUAACGAAGACUAUCAUAGGAAGAGAUGUCGGCGGUCGGUUCGGCAGUGCUAUUAUCAACCUCGGAGAUAUUGAUUCCGAUCAAUUAGAUGAUGUGGCGAUUGCAGCGCCAUACGAAAACGACGGUAAAGGAGCGGUCUACAUUUACACAGCGAAGAAUAUUCUGACAGACAAAAUGGAUGUCAAAUACACGCAGAAGGUGCAGCCAGUAGCAGUAACAUCUAGAACUUUCGGUCUCAGUUUGACUGCAAUGCAAGAUCACGACGGGAACAGCUGCAAUGAAUUGGCGAUCGGGGCACCGGAAACCAACGAAGUCUUCAUUUUAAGUUGUUUUCCUUCGAUUUUUUUAAGAGUCUACUCAAAGCUUCCAAAUCUGCAGAUUCGUAAUAGCACAGAGAAGGAUCAGUUUAUAUUUAAGGCCUGUCUUGAAGCGAAAUUUCCAGAGAAGCCAAAAGAAAUUGUAGCCGAUAUAUUGGUUACUGUAAACAUAAUGCACCCAAGCGCUAAAUUUAACGGAAGUGAAAAUGGUGUUAUAUCAUAUAUAGAGAAAUUGAACAGAAACAUGAGUGUAUAUUGUAGAGAUAUACAAGUGCUAACUCCUUUAGAUAAAAAUACCGAGCUGCAUCCAAUACAAAUUGCGACUAAAGCCGAACUUACCAAUGAUCCAAGUUUCUCUGAAAGAUUCGAUGCUAACCGGGCAAUUAUUGCUGAGCACAGCUCUCUGUUCGCUUUGGAUAAGUGUCGGGUGUCAGAUUGCAACUCCGCAUACUGCGUACCAAAUAUAACAACAAUAACUUCGACGUCAUUUACGUUGCCAUAUACAGUGGGUUCCACGGACACCGAAAGCAUCAAUUUAAUCAUGAUUAACUCUGGUGAAACUGCAUAUAAUGCAUGUUUGCGUGUACGCAUAAGUAGCGCACGCGUCUUGCUGGCCCCCGGCUGCACCCGCGACGAGCAUGAUCUAAUAUGUGAGCCUGGGACUCCACUCAAACAAAACGAAACUUGGAAACUACCAAAUAUAGUGCUCGAAACAAAGUUCUUGACGAAUCGGGACAAAAAAAUUAACAUCACGGUAAACACGUACAAUCAUUGCGAAAACGAAACUGACAAAAUAACAGAGGAAUUGGUUAUUGAGUUACAAAAUGAUCUUACUAAUUUAAUUUUGACAAGUGAAGCAAUACCGGCCGAAGUUGUUAAUAUUUCACACGUUAAUUUGGACACCGAAAUCAGUCAUUUCUACACGAUUACAAACAAAGGUUCUACAAACUGGGUCGACAUGAAAAGUGAAAUAAUACUAGAAAGUAAAUAUGCGGAAAUCAAGAACCCUAUAAUAAUUUACACAAAUAAUAGAAAUAUGACAUGUGACUAUAACUUAAAGUCAUAUUGUACGAUAGACGAAAUUAGGAAAAAUCAAAAAAUAUACAUAAUGGUGAACUUACGAAUACCACCAAUUGCAGAUGAAGAGUUUAAAAAUAUCAGUAUCACAACGCGGUUCAAUUUACUGGAAAAUGAAGAAAUAAAAACUUUAAGUUCAUCUAAGGAUAAGACUAGGGAGAUGAUACAAACAUUCAUUAUCCCCGAUUAUGUUAAACUACAAAUGCAAUGCGGUUUCUUGCAGCGAAAGAACAAGGAAAAACUAAAAGAUCUGAAGAAAGACGUCAGAAGGCAGAGCAUGAGACGAACAAUGUUACUGCGCGAGAGCAUGCGGGCGUCGCAGGCGCGGGCGUCCGGCGCCGGCGCACCUGACGAUCAGAAUAAACUACUAGAAGUCGAUAAAACUGAUAAACCGACUGAUAGUUAA